UCCCACAUACUACAAAUCCCGUUUCCAUUAAGCUCGAAUCCAAUCAUCUUUCCGAGUCUCGACGCAUAUAACAAUCAAAUCCACCAUGAGUCGUUCUCCUGUUGCCUCGCGAAACCCAUUCGUGCCGCCGCCCAAUACCGUAACAUUCUCGGCGGCCUCAUGGUCCUCACAAGGUCUCACUUUCAAUGUACUAUUCAGCAUCAUGGAUCGAAGCAGAGGAUUUCCUGUGGAACAAGACUUUCAAUCUACUUCGCCGGAUAGCCUAUGGCCUAUCUCAGACCAGCCUUGGACAUCUACCUUAUCCGAUACCGCCUCCUCCCCGAAUGGCCCGGAGCCUACGGAAUCCCAGCACAACAUAGAUCUGGUCUUGAAUUCUAUAGGGCAGGCGCUUUCAGCAUUUUCGCUCUCACUCCAGCAUGCGAUAACCAACUGCGGAAUGUGUUUAGAAGACUACAAGGCCAACGAUCAAGUGUUGGUACUGCCCUGCCACCCUUCUCACUUUUUUCAUAGGCACUGUCUCCGGGAUUGGUUCAAAGAAUAUCUGAAUUGCCCAAUGUGCCGCAAGAAGUUCGGUCCACCCUAGAAAUCGCAGUCUCUCA